AUGAGACUCUUCGCCUUCGGCUCCAACGGAUCAGGUCAACUAGGCAUCGGCCACGAAGAAGACGUCUCCACACCAACGCAAUGUCUCUUCGAGCAGUCAGAGCCAUCACAAGGAUCCCAAAUAAGCACCAUUCAAAACACCAACCUCGCAGAUGAAUCUGAAAUAAUCACCAUCGCAGCAGGCGGAAACCACACCCUCCUCCUAACAACCAGCGGCUCCAUCUACGCUGCCGGCUGCAAUGAAGACGGACGGUGCGGGCCGCACGGAGCAACCAAAAACCCAAAAGAGCCCGAGUCUGAUAACAAUGGAAACAUCCUGUGCUUUCGUCGGAUAAUUCUCUCAGACCCAGUCUCCGACACUGAGGUAUCUAAGUUCAAACACGUCUCCGCGACGUGGGAGGGCACUAUUGCUGUAGCUUCUGUACCACGAAGGAGCAGUAAUGACGUCGUCAAUGGAUAUGAUUCUGAUACAGAAGAUCGAGUCUUCGUAUUCGGUUCCUCGCCUAAAGGAGAACUGGGUCUGGGAUCAGACAACCCCACCCCUGUCCCCGGGACAUGUAUCCCCUCCUUCCCGCCAACGGGGUUGAGGAUCACGGCGCUGGCGAGCGGGAUGGCUCAUUCGGCUGCUGUGCUCUCGAAUGGGGAUGUGUAUGGCUGGGGCGGAGCGCGGAAGGGUCAGCUCGGGAAAGAGAAUCGAGAGGCUAGGAUUGCUUAUUCUCCUGUUCGAAUUUGUGUGCCGUUUUUUGCGGAGGCUGUUGCUUGUGGGAGAGAGUUUACGGUAGUAUCGGGUCGAGGGCGGGGGGAUGGGCAAGGGGAGGAGUGUGGAGGGCGCAGAGGUGCUAUUUUUUAUCGCUAUACUGGUAUUGCGGCUAGUUGGCAUGGGGUUUAUGUACAUGCUGCGCCUGGGCUGGGACGGGUGAAACCGUCGACAACGGAUGCACAGACAGACUCUGAUUCUGAUCUUGUCGGUGGUUCUAUUGUUGCGUGGGGACGCAAUGAUCGUGGCCAACUUCCACCGCCGGAUCUUCCAACUCCUGCUAAACUCGCCGUUGGUAGUGAGCAUGCCAUUGCUCUCCUGGGAGAUGGUCGAGUGGCGGCGUUUGGAUGGGGCGAGCAUGGGAAUUGUGGACCUGGUACAGAUUCCCAGGGGAAUGUAUCGGGUACAUAUAAUGUGAUUUCGCUCCCUGAAGCCGUGGGCGUGGAUGGGAGGGUUGUUGGGGUUGGAGCAGGGUGUGCGACUAGCUGGAUUAUUCUGACAUGA